GACGGUUGACAGCAGAUGAAAACACGCAGGAAGUUUUCCAAAUGGGCCAAUUUCGUGGACAAGUUGGAACAGGACGAGGAGCCUGAUGAUGACAACGCUGCUGCUGAGCUGAGCCCGUCUGUCUGUGCGUGUCUUGACAUUCGCGUUGUUGCUCCACCUCCACCACACCGCCUACAACUGAAGUCGCAGCUGAACCGCGCUGAGGAAGCACACUGCAGGCAGACUUCGCUCAGUGAAGAGGCAGAGAGACAGCUGACGAUGGCGGAGAAUAAGAUGGGCCCGAACCUCCAGGCUGGAGCCGGAAUCUUCGCCAAACGGGUCCAGAAGUCCUUGAAUCGAGCCCAGGAGAAGGUCCUUCAGAAACUGGGCAAAACCAUGGAGACCAAAGAUAGCAGUUUGAGCUCCUGCUUCCGAACCCUCAACAAACAGCAGAUCGACGGAAGCAGGUUGUUUAAAGAUGUCAAAGCCUAUUAUGCAGCAGUGAAAGCCGUGCAUGAGACGUCUAAGCGGCUGUCCCAGACACUGAACGACAUCUACGAAUCAGAGUGGAAUGGAGUGGAGGAUCUCGCUGUUAUAACCGAAAGUGAAGACUUGCUGUGGAACGACUAUGAAGAGAAGCUAAGUGACCAGCUUGUUCGCACCAUGGAGAACUAUACAAGCCAGUUCCCUGAAGUCAAGGAACGAGUUGCUAAGCGUGGCCGCAAGCUGGUGGACUAUGACUCAGCACGUCACCACCUGGAGGCACUGCAGGGUGCCAAGAAAAAGGAUGAUGCAAAAAUAGCCAAGGCAGAGGAGGAAUUCAACAAAGCUCAGAAUGUCUUUGAAGAAAUCAAUAAUGAGCUGCGGGAGGAGCUGCCUAUUCUCUAUCAGAGUCGGAUAGGUUGCUAUGUGACGGUCUUCCAAAAUAUUUCCAACCUGAGGGAUGUCUUCUAUAAAGAAAUGAGCGUGCUGAACCGUGAGUUGUACAACGUGAUGAAGAAACUAGAGACUCAACACUCGGGCAAAGCGUUCAUCAUCAAGGGCCUGAACAGCACAACAACCAAGUCAAAGACAAGAAAGUCCCUGGUUAUCUCCAAUCCCAUUCCCUGCAACACUGCUUUCCCAGCUGACCAUGUCUCCAUCCAUUCCCAAAAUGGCAAAGAUGCUGCACCUUCUUCCCCUGUCCAAAAUUCUGAAAGCACUGCUGAAGAAAACAGCCCAGUAGAAGAGAGCAGCGUCCCAUCCAAAAGUGUUAGCUCGUCAGAUUCCGAUCUCAGCUCGAAUGGCACCAGCUCGCCCAAGAGGCGCUCGCUAUGUGACAAUGACGACAGCGACAGGAGCACGGGGAGUCAAAGCCCAGAGGCAGCAGCUGUGGCAGAACCUGCUGCAAGCCAGACAGAUGACUGCAGGGAGGGAGAACCAAAGACAGAGGCUGCAAGUCAGGCGGUCACCGAUCCGUCAGAUUCUGCAGGUAGUGAUGCUCCACAUCAGGACAGUGAGAGCGAGCCGCCGCCAGAGGAAGCCAACACCAACCCGCCGCCGGUCCCAACGCCUCGCGUAUCCUUCAACUCCAAAGAAACCCCCCUCUCAUCAACUAAGGAGCAAGAGGAGGAAGCAGCAGAGUCAGGAGAUGAUGCCAUUUCCCAUAAUCCACCGGGCUUCCUCUACAAGGGGGAGGCGCUAGAGAGCCAUGCAGCAUCUGAAGAAGGCCAGCUCCAGUUUGAAGAGGGAGACGUCAUCUUGGUUCUUGCUGACACUCUAGAGGAAGGCCUGGUGAGGGGGGUCAGGGAACAGAGCUGGAACGAACACCGGGAUCUAGAAAAUCACUCUGGAAUCUUCUCGGAAAAACUCAUCCAGCCAGUUAAAGCAGAGUGAGGCAAUAGUCACUCCUCAGUCUGCAAUUCGUUUAUUCUUCCAUCAACCACUGUAUGGUGACUCACACACACACACACGCGCGCGCUUACACCCACAUACACUCACGCACGCCCACACUCAGAGGGAGUGAACCCAUAUGUUAUGGGUGCAGAAGCUGUCCAAACAAAUGAGCACAAGUCCCACGUGGUUUCUCACAUGCUAUGAUGUUGCAACUUGUGGAACAAAAGCGACUGAGCCGAAGAACAUUUUGUAAGAGACAUUUGGAAACCUUUAAGAUAUUUUCUUUUUCUUUUUUUUCUUUUGUAUCUCUGAGACACUGUGAAAACAAAAAAAAUCCAAAUGUUUUAAAGCUCAUGUUAUUAUCCCAUGUAAUAUUUCCUAAUAAAGUUGUAAGUAAAA